AAGACUGGUUGCAGAGGACAUGGAAAACAGAAGUGAUGAAGAAGGUAUGCUCAAAGAGAUCAGAGAUAGAGAAUAUCGAUUGUCCUGAACUGUUUAUCAUAAAAUUAAAGCAACAGAAAUGAAGACAAAUUGAUUUGAUGCAAAUUUGAAAUCUAAGCAUUAUUGGAGCCAUAGACUUUAUCUGAAUUUUCAGAAAUCAUACCCAAAAUAAGUUCAUUAAGAGCCUACAUCUAAUGAAACUGUUUAAUGUGCCUAAGAUCAAUCUAAAUUAUAUUGGUAGAAAGAACAAGUGUAUUUUGAAUUUUCUAAAAUCUUCACUCCCAGAUGAAGUACACGAAUUAUGAAUGCAUACUGGGACUUCAUCUAAUAUCCCCAUCUGCUACUACUUCAAGCAAAUUCUUCGAAUUAAUCACAAGGUACUGAAGAAGGUCAGUUUCAUUCGAUUUUCGAUAAAACGGAACCAAUUGAUGAGAUUAAUGGUCUCCUUCAAGCAUGUUAAAGUAUUCUGACUUAGCUUUUGCAAACUUUCUAUUCCUGAACCUUUUGAUUUAUCAAAAUCAAUGCAAAAUACCCAGAUAGUGAGAAUAGAUUUAUACAACACAGGAGGAAAGUUACAGAGUGAUUGGGAACACAACCAAGAGGAAUUCAAGACUCUAAUUGAAAGUCUUGCUACUUCUCCAGCCUUAAAGACCACAUUCAAGGAGAUAGAUCUCACCAAUUGAGGGCUAACUAAAAGUGAAGCCAGGUUAGUAGUACAAAACAAUGGUUUUGAGGUACUCCAAGUGCAAAUAAUAUCCUAGUCUCUCUGUAUUUAACCCUCUAAA